AUGUCUUGCCCCACCUUAGCCACUUUCAAGCUACCCGAGAUCCCGAAUGAGCCCAACCAACAUUAUGAGCCAGGAAGUUCAUCUCGGGCUGCUCUCGAGGCUGCUGUACAAGAAAUGAAGGCCGGGAUGCCUUACAACGUGGGACCUAUCAUCAACGGAGUCGAGAUCAAGACCGGACCGACCACCAAUCAAGUCCUUCCAUACGAUCAUCAAACCGUGUUAUGCAACUUUCACUCCGCCAGCCCAGAUUUGAUCACCAAAGCCAUCGAGGACUCUUUGAUUGCCAAGAAGGCCUGGGAAGCUUUACCCUUCAAUGACCGCUCGGCUAUUUUCCUCAAGGCUGCCGAUCUCCUUGCCUCACCCUUAUGGAGGUACAAGAUUAUGGCGGCUACCAUGCUGGGACAGGGAAAGAAUGCCUGGCAAGCUGAGAUCGAUGCAGCAGCCGAGAUGUGCGAUUUUUUUCGAUUCGGAGUCAAAUAUGCCGAAGAUAUGUAUGCCCAGCAGCCACCCAAAAAUUCCGCUGGAGUGUGGAACCGAGUGGAAUACCGUCCGUUGGAAGGCUUUGUUUAUGCUGUCUCACCUUUUAACUUCACUGCUAUCGGUGGAAAUCUUGCAGGCGCUCCAGCCCUUCUAGGAAAUGUCGUACUUUGGAAACCAUCACCUAUGGCUGUGUAUGCUAAUUACUUAACUUACAAGCUUCUCGAAGAAGCAGGCUUACCCAAGGGAGUAAUUCAAUUCAUCCCCGUAUCUCCUGAACAUGUUGAGCAAGCCUGCAAUCAAAUAUUCCGAAGUCCGGAUUUCGCAUCGUUGCACUUCACCGGGUCCACGAAAAUCUUCCGUAAACUCUGGUUAGAUAUUGCUCAAGGUGUCGCAGAUGGCCAACUCCGAUCUUACCCACGUGUGGUUGGUGAGACUGGUGGCAAGAACUUUCACUUGAUCCAUCCUUCCGCACCGGUUCGAUCCGGCGUAUUGCAAUCCAUCCGAGCAGGUUUCGAAUACAGUGGACAGAAAUGCAGUGCUCUUUCACGGUUGUAUGUUCCUGAGAGCCUCUGGCCUGCCUUUUCAGAAACCCUUCUCGAAGAAGUUGCUAAGCACAAAGUUGGAAGUCCAGAAGAAUGGGACUCAUUUAUGGGACCAGUCAUCUCACAAGUAUCAUAUGACAAGAUCAUGGGCCUCAUCCAACAAGCAAAGGACUCUGGUGAUAAGGUCCUGAUUGGCGGUACUGGUGAUGCGUCCAAGGGAUUCUUUAUUCAACCUACCGUGAUCGUGACUCGUGACCCUCGCUCGAUCACUAUGACUGAAGAACUCUUCGGACCAGUCAUUACCACUUACGUCUACCCUGACGCAGAGUUUGAGAAGACAUGCGAGUUGAUCGACUCGAGCUCGGCCUAUGCGUUGACAGGCUCUAUCUUUGCGGCUGAUCGUCAAGCAGUCGUCUUGGCUUCCAACAAACUCAGACAAGCUGCUGGUAACUUUUACAUCAACUCGAAAUGUACUGGAGCUGUGGUCGGACAACAACCCUUUGGAGGAUCACGAGGAAGUGGUACGAAUGACAAAGCUGGAAGUAUCAACCUCUUGUACAGAUUUGUCAAUGUAAGAAGUAUCAAAGAAGAAUUCCUUCCGGUUACCGAAGCUCAUUACCCAUCCAACGUUCUAUGA